CUCGCGUAUUUCGCGUUCGACACUCGCCGAGUCCACACGUGCUGCUGCUCCCGGUCGUGAUCCGUGAUCGUGUGAUCGUGUGAUCCGUGAUCCCCAGUGUGCUCAACACACACCAAAAACCAACCAAAAAAAAUAAUAUAUAUCUAUAUAAUAAAUAAAUAAUACGAAAAAACAUCCAAGUGCCUACGAGUGUCAGUGCAUAUUUUUUUGUUGUUAUUGCCGCUGCUGUUACCGUUACUUGCUUAAAAGCAAGACACCGAGAAAGAGAAAGAACGAGAAGAGAGUAAAGAAGAACCUUCCAGUGAAACCAGGGAUUUCGCACAAGCACGGAAUUAUAAGGAAUCCACGGCAGACGAGAUAGAUCACGUAUCACACACAGUUGUGUCUUGACCUUCGGAAAGAUUACUCCUUAUCGAUCCGAUCGCCACGCCCACAGCGCCAUCAUGUGGAGCCCACAGAAAGGCCCUACACGGCUGUGGGACCUUAGGUUUAGUAGCUGUAUAUUUAUCUUACACUUAAUGUUUAGUUUAGUCAUAGCUGGUAAUGAACUGUGGCCCAUGGAGCGGCCAGACGGAAUGCCGAAUAUCGUUUCGCUGGAGGUGAUGUGCGGCAAGGAUCACAUGGAUGUCCACCUCACCUUUUCGCAUCCCUUCGAGGGCAUUGUCAGCUCCAAAGGACAACACAGCGAUCCGCGCUGCGUUUACGUGCCGCCCUCGACGGGCAAAACGUUCUUCUCCUUCCGCAUCUCGUACUCCCGAUGCGGCACCAAGCCGGAUCUCAACGGACAGUUCUACGAGAAUACGGUGGUGGUGCAGUAUGACAAGGAUCUGCUGGAAGUUUGGGACGAGGCGAAACGACUGCGCUGCGAGUGGUUUAAUGACUACGAGAAGACCGCCUCCAAGCCGCCGAUGGUGAUUGCCGAUCUCGAUGUUAUUCAGCUCGAUUUCCGAGGUGACAACGUUGACUGUUGGAUGGAGAUUCAGCAUGGCAAGGGUCCUUGGGCGCCACCGGUAAGUGGUAUUGUACCACUUGGAUCCACUUUGACCCUUGUGGUGGCCAUCAACGAUUAUAGAGGUGAGUUCGACAUGCGUGUAAAGUCCUGCGUGGCCUCCGAUGGAUCUGGCCAUGUGAUCAAUCUGUCGGAUGAAUUUGGCUGCGUGCUGCGACCCAAGAUGAUCUCACGCUUCCUGAAGGCCCGUGCUCCCGACGAGAGGGCCACCGUGAUCACCUACGCCUUCUUCCACGCCUUCAAGUUCCCCGACGCGCUGAGUGUGCACAUCAAGUGCAAGGUGGAGAUCUGUCGCCAUGGCUGCCUCGAUCACUGCCAGAAUACGGGCGUGGGCGGAGGAGGAGGCGCAUCCGGAGAGUCGCUGGGUCUGGGCCUCGGACUGGGUCUGACCAAUGCCAACGAGCGCAAGGAUGUGCACAUGUCGGAUGCGAUGGGCAGCAGCAGCAGCAACGAUCUGCUCAGAGAUCUGUCCCUGCCACCAGGCGGUGGACAGCAUGGCAUGGGCAUGGGUAUGGGUAUGGGCAUGGGUCCGGAUCACGACAUCUUCUAUGAGGACAUUAUCCACGAUCACAAGCAGACGCUCAACGGAGGCGGCGGCGGCGGCGGUGGCGGAGUAUCUCCAAAUGGCGGUGACUAUGGCCACGAGAAGAGUGUGCACCUCAAGCCGCGGCCGGUGCACGAAGAGCAGGAGGAGGCCGAUCUCUCCGAUCUGUUUGGCGACGAGGACUUGGCCGAUUUGGACAUGGAGGGCGGCGAGGGCGAGCGGUAUUUGGGCCUAAAGAAGAGUGGCAAAUUUCCACAUGGUCCGCGGCAAUUGGAGGCCCAAAAGCGCAUGGGUGUACCGAUGGCGGGUCCACGCUCCCUGGAGCCCCGCACGAACGAGGAUGAGGAUGUGCCGCGACCCGUGUACAGGCCACAGGCGGAGGCUUUGAAGAAGCCACGCGAAGAUCACAUCGAUUUCGACAAGGAAGAGGAGAAGGAGACGGAGACGGAGAAGGUAAAGGAAAAGGAACACGAAAAGGCUGAGGAGCAGGGGAAAAAGGAAGAGGAGAAUCAGGCUGGAAAAGGAGAUGGAGAAGGUAGCUCCUCGAAGAGCCGUCGCCGUAGAUCCCUGGUCAUAUCCGAUCGCAAGGUACGCAGUGCCGACGUGGGCGUCAGCGGUCUGUACGAUGUCAUAUCCGAGGCGGAUCUGGCCUUCUCACCGGACUCCAAACAGGAGGCGGUCACCGUCUUCCAGGGCAAAAUCAGCGAGGAGGUGGUCUAUGGCAUUUGCAUGCCGGUGCCCGGCUUCAGCAUCCUCUUCAUCGUUGUAAUCUCGGCGACAAUUGUGUCCGCCCUGGUGGCCGGCUCCCUGCUCUACCGCUAUCAGCUGCAAAAGGAGGCGCUGGACAAGCAGACGCCGUUGCCGGUGACCGGGACACUGGCCUCCUGGAUGACCCUGCGACUCUUCCGCCUGCGACACAUGCAACAGCAACAGCAGCAGCAACAACAGCAGCAACAGCAACAGCAAGUGAGGCAGCCGACUUCAGGACACGAAACGGUUCAGUGAUCAGUAAUCAGCGAUCAGCGAUUAGUGAUCAGUAAUUAUGAUCAAAAUCGAGUAGCGAAAUCGGAAUCGACAUCGAAAUGGACAUCGAAAUCAAAAUCGAAAUGGAAAUUAAAAUCAAAUCACGUUGCCCACGUCUAUAUGCCUUCCAUUAUUAUUUUUUUAUUACGAUUAUUGUUUUUUUUUUUUUUUGUAAUCGGGUUGUUUGUUCAGGAUCCAGACAAAGAGAUAUGGCGCAGAUAUCAGAUAUCAGAGAUCGGGCAACAAUGCAAUACUCGAACUGCUCGUUUCGGUGCUGAACGUUCUACAAUAUUUUUUUUUUUGUGUUUUGUUUUUUGGGUGCAUUUAGUCGUAAAAUUGCAUAGAGAAAAUAAUAGAAAAGGUUAAAGGAAAAGGAAAAGGAAACGUAAAAGUAAAAGUAAACAAAGAGAGAGAUACACAAAUACAAUGAAGACUCCGGACAGGUGCUCCAGAUUUAAGGAGUUUGGAUGUCAUAUCGCAUCCGUUAGGCGUAAGGGAACUUAUUUAUUUAUAUUUAUAUUUAUAUAUAUCUAUUAACUAUACGUACGAGAUUUAGCUGUAAGCCGAGCGGUAUGGAAAUUUUAAAUGUAAUAUUUUUUCGGCACUUGUUUUGUUUUUUUUUCUGUGUUCUUUUCGGCAUCCAAAACUUAUUUAGGGACAAAUUUAGUUAAAUUCUAUAGCUUAUUGAAUCGCUUAGAAAAUUGUCAUGCUCACACAUACAAACACAGACUUACUCACGCACACAUUAAAACUGAUAACCAUUUUCCAUUAAAAAAAAUCAAGAAAAGCUAAAUGCAAUUUCUUGCAUGCAUAUUACAAUUUAAGUGCAAAUUUUGUAACUGAAAAAUUGACAAUUGAAUAAAAUCUAGUUAAGUUGAAAAUAUUAAA